AAACAGUCUGCGUGAGGCCCUCCCAUUUUUAUUCUGGACGCCUCGUGACGUGACGACGCCGUACGCUCCGCGCCACGUUCCCAAGGCAAGAUGGCGGCGUCCUGAGCAGACAACUCUUCUGUCUGAUUUAAAGGUUUAUUUUGUGAAGUUUUCAGAAAGUAGAUAAAGAUGCCUGCAGUACUGAUCCUCAGCAAUGAGGUGGUCAAAAUGAGGGUGGAGGUUAAAAGGGUGAAGGUGCUCCUCAUCCGGAAACUCAUCCGUCAGAUCUCAGUCCUGGAGAAGAAGAAAGGAAGUGAGGCAGACUUGGAGAAGUUCCGCAGACGAGCGGCCAGACUUCGGGAGGAGAUCCAUGAACUGAAGACUAUCACGCCGGACAGCGUCACCAAGUCUGCCCUUCAGAAGGACAUCAGCUUUGAGAAAGUGUGCCGGAAUAAAGAGGCUAGCCUAUCCGAACGAGCCAUCGCCCGCAUCGCAACACACCCACAGUUCAGCCAGAAAAUCCAGAGCAUAAAAGCAGCCAUCAAAGCCUUCAAAGAGGAGAGAAUAAAUGCAGGAAAACAAGGAAAAAACUAUGAAAAAAAUGCCACGUCGCUAGAUCAGUCACAAGCUGACAGCGAUGAUGAUGAUGAUGAUGAUCUGGGUUCAGAGAAGUCAAGCAAUGAAGAUGAUGAUAAGAAACUAAAAGAGGAUGAGGGUGAUAUAAAAACAGAUGAAGACAGGCAAGAGGAGAUUGAUGGUUCCACACAGGAGAGCCAGAAGAUGAGUCUAGAGACAAUAAAUGAACCGAUCAAUCAGUGCCAGAAUGAAGAAUCACUAACAGUUGAGGAAUCAUCUGAAGCAGUGGCCAUCCCAGAGGAGGUGAUCAGGAUGAGGAAGGAAGUGAAGAGAACGAGGGUGCUGAUCAUCAGUAAAAUGGCAGAGCAAGUGGCUUCUCUGAAGAAAAAGAAGAAGGGUCAGGAAUCUGAGGUGAAGGAAAGCCAAGAAAAAGCAGCAGAAAUCAUGAAAGAAAUCAAGGCUUUAAGGAGCCUUAAACUGGAUCAGGUGACCAUGACUGCACUUCAGGAGAAUGUUGACCUUGAGAAGGUUUUCCAGGACCCUCAGGCAAGCCCUGUGGACAGAGCCAUAGCACACAUCGCCACACAUUCCCGCUUCAUCAACAAGCUCGAGAAGGUCAAAGAAGCCAUCAAAGAAGAAAGAGCUAAGGCUGCUGAAGCUGAGAAGAAGAAGACUGACAAACUGGAUAUGGUGCAGUCCAAGAAUGAAGAUGAGGGACCAGAGGAGGAACCUGAGGAAGAUGAGGAAUCGGAAGAGAAACCUGAGGAUGACGAGGAACCUGAGGGUGACGAGGAACCUGAGGGUGACGAGGAACCCGAGGAUGACGAGGAACCCGAGGAUGACGAGGAACCUGAGGAUGACCAAAAGAGUGGUCACAGUAAAGAGAUUGGUGAUGUGGUAGAGGAAAAACUGAAUAGUCCUACCACUGAGAUCCAUACGUCUAGUGUUGCAGAGCCAACAGAAAGUACAGAUUCUGAUCUCAUAGAGGUGCCACCUUCCAAGAUUACCACAACAGAAAAAUCGAAAAGGGUUGAAGUCAAAUCACAGAAAGCAGAGGCCACGGCUCUAAAUGUCAAAAGUUCUCCUGAAAAGUCUUCAUCUGUAAGUAAGAAGAACAUUGGUAAAGCAAGCAAAGAAAUGAAGCCCACCUUAAAGCCACAAGAGAAAAAAGACCUACCUGAGACCAAGAGGACUGAGGCAGACAAAGUCGAUGAAGAGAGUGAUUUAUCAGAUGAGGAGGAAGAGAAGGAAUAUUUUGAUGACAGCACAGAGGAGCGUUUCCAUAAGCAGUCGUCUCAGUCUGAAGAGAGUGAUGAUGAUGACUUCUUUCUGGGCAAAGUUAGCAAAUUCAAGAAACGGAAAAGUAACCAAAGUAAAGUCGAGGAGAAUAAGAGUGAGCUUCAAAAAACUGACAAGGAGGCCACCGGCAAACUGCAUGAGACGAACCUUGGCAAAUUACAGUCUGUGUUUUGCUCAGCGUUGUCCAAAUCUAACGUGUCCUCUCAGAAAGCAAAGUUUGGCUCUCGCAGUGAUGGUCCAAGACCUCCUCGAUUCCAGAACCAGAGGAAAGGUCCAGAGUUUAGGAUGAAAGCAUCUCAAUAUAAAGGCCAAGACCGUGGUGCUGUCAGGAGGACGGGUCCAUUCAAUCCCAACAGAGAGACUUUUAAAGCUGCUGAACAAAGUCAAGCAGGACCUUCAGGGGCAGGGAGGGGAAGGCCACAGUUUGAGCAGAAGCGGAAUCCUAGAGUUCCCCCUGGUAGGAUGUCAGGCCCACCCCAGCAGUCCCUUCAUCCCUCCUGGGAGGCUAGCAGGAAGAGAAAGGAACAGCAGGCACAAAUCACAGUCUUCCAAGGGAAAAAGAUCAGAUUUGAUGACGAUGAAGAUUAAGAAAAGGCUGCUCAAAUUCAUUUGAUGCAUUUAUAUUUUAAAACUUAAAAAUGCUUCCUGUUAAACUAUUUACUGUGAAUUUGUAUUAAAACACAGAUGUAAAACCGUU